AUGUCACGCGUCUUCCGCCGCCUAGCAUCGACCACGUCAAAAACAUCAGCAUCCGACGCAGCAGCAGAAAUCCUACAACGUUUCGGAAACAAGCCCAUCUUCGUCCGCGAGCAACUAAUCGACGCCAACCAAGCUCGUCUCCUGACCGCCACCCUAGGCCGGCCUAAACUUCAUGAAUCCGACAAACUGCUCGCCGACGGCACUCCCAUGAAAGGCACCCCCCUGCCACCUGGUUAUCACUGGGCUUACUUUACUCCCACGUUUCUGGAGCAGGAUCUCGGCAUCGAUGGCACAGAUAAGACGCUCAACCCUCUGGCGCCAUGGACGAGGAGGAUGUGGGCGGGAGGCGAGUUGUUGUGGCAGCAGAAUCCGGCGCAGUUGCUUCGGGUGGGGAGUACGGUGACGGAGAUUACGAGGAUUGUGAGUGCGGAGGCGAAGACGAUGAGGGAUGGGAAUAGUAUGGUGUUGGCGGGGCUGGAGAAGACUUAUGAGAGUGAUAAUGGGGUUGCUUUGGUUGAUAAGAGGAAUUGGGUGUUUCGACAUGAGAUGACGGAGAAGGAGCCGCUCCCACCUAUGCCGGAGCAGAAGCCUUUACCAGAGGCCAAAGAGGGUGUGGACCUUUUGAAAAUACUGCAGAGAACAGACGUUCAGUUGUUCCGCUUCUCAGCCCUGACGUUCAACGCUCACAAGAUUCACUACUCCCGCGACUGGUGCCAGAACGUCGAAGGCCACCGCGAUCUCGUCGUUCACGGCCCGCUCAACCUGAUUAGUAUCCUGGAUCUCUACCGCGACUCCAACGGAAACAGCUCUCCGGAAACGGUCCCUAAGUCGGUUUCAUACCGAGCCAUGUCGCCGCUGUAUGUUGGAGAGAAGUACCGGAUCUUGCUUGAGAAGGACGCAGAGGCGAAGAGUGGAGAGAGAUCGAAAUGGAAUGCGGAGGUUAGAGAUUCUUUUGGGAAGACGGGGAUGAAGGGAACGAUUGUUGAAUAG